UUUUAGCAUGUGUAGCUGGGAGCUCAUGUAAAAUAUCCCUGGUGGUGGCAAUUGUUUCAGGAGGGAGGGGACAAGGAUGGGACAGAUAGUGGAAGGGCUGGACUUUGAGUAAAUUGUUAUUUACACUUUCUGGGAUUGUCAAAGAAAUACAUUGCCCAGCUCGGUUCUGAUUUCAGACAUUGCAAGAGCCAUGAGGAUUCCAGCCACCUUGCUGCACCUGCUCCUUGUGCAUCUCAGCGCCUCUCAUACAACACACUGGACAUACAAAGCAGGAGAGCUGGAUGAAGUGCACUGGGGAAAGCACUUUGCAGCCUGCGCUGGCAAGCACCAGUCCCCCAUUGACAUUCAGAAGAGGAAAGUGAGGUACAACCCGCAGCUGAUGCAGCUCGAGCUGAGUGGUUACGAUGGACCUUUGCAGGGGAACUUCACCAUGACCAACAACGGGCACUCAGUCCAGAUUGAUUUACCACCCACCAUGCGCAUCACCAAAGGGCUCCCAAGCCUCUUCACCGCUGUCCAGAUGCACCUGCAUUGGGGCGGGCUGGACCUGGAGACCAGCGGCUCUGAACACACGGUGGAUGGAAUGAGAUACUUCGCGGAGCUGCACAUUGUCCAUUACAACUCCGGCAGCUACUCCAGUUUCGAAGAGGCAAAAGACAAGCUGAACGGGCUGGCAGUGCUUGCUUUCCUCUAUGUGGAUGGGAAUUUUGAGAACACCUACUACAGUGAAUUCAUUUCCAACCUGGCCAAAAUCAGGUUUGCCGGGCAAUCAACCAAGCUCAGUUCGCUGGAUGUCCAAGCCAUGCUGCCCGAAAACCUCUCACACUUCUACAGGUAUCAGGGUUCACUGACCACACCGCCUUGCUCGGAGAGCGUGAUCUGGAUAGUUUUUGAUUCUCCCAUCAUCCUAUCGCACACGCAGAUCAAGCUGCUGGAGAACACCUUGCUGGACUGGCAGAACAACACCCUGCGGAACGACUAUCGGCACGCUCAGCCGCUCAAUGACAGAGUGGUGGAAUCAUCUUUCAAGGCCAAAGGCACCAAAGAACUCUGUCUGCCAGAAGAACUCAGCUCAAAACUGGAGCAAAUACAGACUCAGCUCCAGGAGAUGAAGAAGCAUCUGCUGGCUAGAGUGGGCCUGACCGGCCUUAAAUCUAGUGCUUUCCCAGCUUUCUACUUCCCUGCUGAAAACAUCGCAAGCUACGUGGCCGUCCGGCCCCUCCGUGACAUGAAGCUCCAGGCCUUCACCUUGUGCUUUUGGAUCCAAGCCCUGAACCGAGGCAGUCAGACCAUUCUCGCCUAUUGCACCCAGGAAAGAGACAAUGAGCUGGUGGUGACUGUGGGCUCGGCCGUGGGGCUGUGGGUAGGGGGCCACUUUGUUGAGUUUCCCCUGCACCACAAGUCUGAGGAGUGGCUCCACUACUGCGUGGCAUGGGCUUCCCACUCCGGGGCAGCAAAUCUAUGGCUCAACGGAGCGGCGGGGAGAGAGAAGCACCUCCAGAGAGGGUACGUGAGCCAGGCCGGAGGGACGCUCGUCCUUGGGAAGGACAGAGAUGAGCUCCUGGGGAUCUUCUCCAACGGAUUCUCCGGGUGGAUGAGCCACGUCAGCCUGUGGAGCUGGGUCAUCAGCCACGCCGACAUCCGGGCGCUCGCCUCGUGCAGGCACAGUGAGCUGAAAGGGGAUGUGAUUGCCUGGGGGGAGACCCCCAUGAGUCUCUCGGGGGGAGUGGUGCUGGAGUCAGACCCCAGUUGCCAAUGACAGCAGCUUGAAUGGGUCCCCUCUUUCUGAGCAAAUGGGGAAGCACGUUUAUACAGUGUGUGAUUUUUCUAGAGCACUUUGAAUAACUGGCCGUUUCUCCUUCUGCUUUAAGUUUAGAGUCAUUAAACACGCAUCAUAGUGUGACACGCAGGGCCCAGACACUCUGAGGGGAGAAUAGAAGGUUUAAACCCCAAAACAGAGCAGUCAAACCAACUGAUUUUAUACUGUAUUAACGUGUUAUAAAGGUCUAGUGAGUAAGGUCUUUUUUGGAUGGUUGUACUGUUCUUAAGUCAAUGAUCAUUAUUACGCGAUAUGUCUACAGUCUGUGGUUAGGUAUAUAGAAAACUCUGCUUAUAAUCUAUAGUACAGCUACACCUCCUCCUGACAUCCAGGCAGUGGGCUGGGAGGGACUGCUGCCUCUCCAGCCAGCGGAGACUAGCCCCAAGCACCCAGCAUUGUACAACCCAGGGAAAGACAAGUGAUGGGCCAUUAGAGUUAAUGGGAAGACACAGCUAUCCCGGCUAGAAUUCCUGCCCCCCAUGAGUAACCAUGAGUCAGCAUGAAGGAGGUGGUACUCUGGGGUACGUUCCAAGUCCCCAGCAAUAGGUAACUUGUAUUAGAAAAGGGAUUUUAUCCAAUAUAGAAACGCAACGCCUGCAAGGGCAUCUUUAUGUCGGUCUACUGUGUGACUUGUAUGAGUUUGCUCUUUCUUACUAUUUUAUCUUUGGAUCUAUGGUUCUUCUAUUAAAAUAAACCUCCUGUUUAUCUCU